GUAGAUGGGAGUUGAGUCUGGUUGUUGAUUUUAGACACUCGCACAAGGCGAAGCGGCUCCUGCCCGCGUUGAUUCAGCCUCCUCCUCUUCCUCCUCCUUCCUCCUCCUGGUCUUCAGCACUGUUCCCCGCUGGACAGCUCCUGCUCGGACACCGCUGAACACUGCAUGGUCCCCAACAGUCUUUUAAUGGAAGUAAAAUCAAUUUAUGUUUCAAGAAAUAUUGGAACUUUACAACUUCACACACGGGAGGAAUCUACGGAUACCUGGUUUCGGGACUUGUGGCAGUCAGCGCAUCCUCGGCGGCACAGAUCACACAUUCAUUGUUAACGGCGACUGACUAGCCGUGCGCGCACAGGCUCUGUCUCCAGACACUCCAUCUCCAUCACUAGAUCUAGACAAAACCACCGCGAAGCUGCUGUCUACGUGGACUGGUGCUGAAGCCUCUCGUCCUACGGCCAGGACCUCUGCCAAACCCAGAGACAUGGCGACGAACGGCACCAAAACGGAUGGACAAGUCACAGAACUGAACGAAGUGGGCACAAGCAACGACAAACCCAAGUCUCUGGACGUGAAACCCGAAAAGCAGAAAAAAGACUUGCCCGACAGGGAAACGUGGGGGGGCAAAUUUGAUUUCCUCCUGUCUUGCGUGGGUUAUGCAAUUGGACUGGGCAACGUGUGGAGAUUUCCCUAUCUCUGUGGGAAAAACGGUGGAGGAGCUUUCUUGAUUCCCUACUUUUUGACCCUCAUAUUUGCUGGGGUCCCCUUGUUCCUACUUGAAUGCUCCCUUGGUCAAUACACUUCAAUUGGAGGGCUUGGUGUGUGGAAACUGGCCCCUGUGUUUAAAGGUGUGGGCCUUGCAGCAGCUGUCCUGUCGUUCUGGCUUAACAUUUACUACAUCGUAAUCAUUUCUUGGGCCAUUUACUACCUAUACAACUCAUUCACUUCCGAGCUUCCAUGGAGCACAUGUAGCAAUCCAUGGAACACAGACAAAUGUUACACAAACUACAGCAUUGCGGAUACCACCAAUCUCACCAGUUCUGUGGUGGAGUUUUGGGAGCGCAACAUGCAUGAAAUGACUGAUGGCUUGGAAAAACCAGGCCAGCUUCGAGUGCCGCUGGCAAUAACACUAGCCAUUGCCUGGGUCCUUGUUUACUUCUGUAUCUGGAAAGGGGUUAGCUGGACAGGGAAGGUCGUUUACUUCUCAGCUACGUAUCCCUACUUCAUGCUGUUUAUUCUCUUCAUCCGUGGGGUGACUCUACCUGGAGCUAAAGAGGGAAUUUUAUUCUAUAUCACCCCUGACUUUGAAAAGCUCAAAGAGUCAGAGGUAUGGCUGGAUGCAGCUACACAGAUCUUUUUUUCUUAUGGAUUGGGACUGGGGUCACUUAUAGCUCUAGGCAGCUACAAUCCUUUCAAUAACAAUGUUUACAGAGACUCUAUCAUUGUGUGUGUCAUCAACUCUUGUACCAGCAUGUUUGCUGGCUUUGUGAUCUUCUCCAUUGUUGGCUUCAUGUCACAUGUGACAAAGAGAGACAUCGCAGACGUAGCAGCUUCAGGUCCUGGCUUAGCUUUUCUGGCCUACCCACAGGCUGUAACCCAGUUGCCCGUGUCUCCUCUCUGGGCCAUUCUGUUCUUCUCCAUGCUGCUCAUGCUGGGGAUAGACAGCCAGUUUUGCACUGUUGAAGGCUUCAUCACUGCCCUUGUGGAUGAGUUCCCCCAAGCGCUUCGAGCCAGACGAGAGCUCUUCAUCGCAGCUGUCUGUCUGGUGUCCUAUGUGAUCGGACUUUCAAACAUCACGCAGGGUGGGAUCUACGUGUUCAAAUUGUUUGACUACUACUCUGCCAGUGGAAUGUGCCUGCUGUUCCUGGUCUUCUUUGAGUGCAUCUCCAUAUCCUGGUUUUAUGGUGUGAACAAGUUCUACGACAACAUCCAGGAGAUGAUUGGCUACAAACCAUGUCUAUGGUUUAAGCUGUGCUGGGUCGUGUUCACCCCUCUCAUCGUCGGUGGUGUGUUCUUGUUCAGUGCCGUACAAAUGGUUCCUCUCACUAUGGGAGACUACGUGUUCCCAGGCUGGGGUCAGGGAGUGGGCUGGCUCAUGGCGCUGUCCUCCAUGGUUCUCAUACCGGGAUACAUGGUGUACAUGUACCUUGGACUUAAGGGCACUUACAAGGAGCGACUUCGGAUAAUGUUUCAACCCCCUGCAGUCACCAGACGACCUCAGGAAAACGGACCCGAGCAGCAGGUGGAAACCAACACUGCUACCUUGUCCAGUCCUGCUACCACAGCUCCUGCAAACCCGGCCAGUCCUGCCAACCCAGCUCCUGCAAACCCAGCUAGUCCCACUAAUCUGGCUCCUGUCAACGCCACCACUAACCCCGCAUCCCCCACUAGCACGGCUCCUCCACCGGCUAAUCCCGCCUCAGUUUCUAUCCCGGUGAAUCCGGCCACAAGUCCUGGCGCCACCGUCACCACUACCACCACCAUCACCGCGGCGGCCAGUCCGGCUAACCCCACCGCCACAACUGUAAGCCCAACCAGCCCAUCGCCCAGCCCGGCUGUCCCAGCAGAGUCUGUUAAUCCCCCCAACCCAACCAGCCCCACCUCUAACUUGACCAAUGCUGAGGCCAAUGUGUAGACAACAAACAAACCCUCAUGGAGCAUGUCAACAAAAGAGAACAUUACAAAGGACUUCCGAGAUUUUAAUUGAUUCACCUACCUCCAGGGGCAAUAUGUGAUCAAUACAGAUUUUCAAAACCGCGUUUCAUUUUUCUCUAUUUGUUAAACUAAGCCAAUGAUGUCUUGUUGUUGGUUUGCAUUCUGAAAACAAUAUCAAAGACUGUUAGUGUUCACAAAUACAACCGUAAUUCUGAAUAAAACAUGUAAACAUACUGUGUAAUACUGUGAGAAAAGAAAAAAAACUUAGCGAUAUUAGAGGUUUGUUGAAUAUCUUCAUGAAUCAAGUAAAUACCGUGUGAAUAUAGUAGAUGAAGUAGUGAACAAAACAAAAUUGACAUCAUUGAAGAGUGCAAGGGAUGCCGUCAAUUUCUUUGUUUUUGUCAAUUCUUUUUUAUUUUUAUUUUUUUGCUGGAUGUUUACUAAACCUCACACAGUUGUCUCUUUUCCAAACGUUGCUCUCUGUGAGGUAAACUGCAGGCCACAGGGCAGACGGGGAGCUCUGAGUAAGCACAAUGCCAAUAAGAAGUUCUUGUUGUGGAGUCCUGGAACAAUCCAGUGUUUGUUACAAAAGAUUUUGUGUGAGAGAGACUGUUAUUUUUCCUUCCUUUUUUUCAGUAAAAAAAAAAGAGAAAAUAUUUAUGUGAUCAAAGCAUUUUUAGAAUUAUUUUUAGGAUGUUUUAUACUAUAUGUGUUGUGAUGGAGGACCAAAAUCAAUAGGCAGACAUAGCAAAAAAUACAUAAAAAAAAAAACCUAUGCCAUUUAGUGUAUGGUUGGCAAAGCACAGGGUACACGGAAGUACAAAAAAGAAGAAGAAGAAGAAGAAGAAGCACAAAGCUAGAAAAAUGAUUUACAAGCAUAAACUUAUCCCUUAAUGCUGACAGUCAAUCCUGUUUACGUUUUGCAUGCUUUCCUCAGGAACAUCAUUGAAAAGUUUUUCAAAUGUCUCCUGACAAACAAAAGAAGAAAAACAGAGAAGGCCUUAAGCCAACGCACCGAUAUCAGUUAAGCCACUGUAUGUUUACGUGAUUGGGCAGAACUGCAAAAUACCAUUUUGUAUGCUCGCACAACAACUAGGACCAACUCUGUGUUGACUACAGUCAUGUUUUAAGUUUCUCUGUGUCGCGAUCAGUUGUUGAUCAAUAUGUAUUCAGCAAUACAUAUGUGGACAUACAUGUGCAGGCCAGCAAGCAAGUGGUCUGUUUCUCUUUUGGUUUAUGUUGUCUUUGCUUCACAAGUUAAAAGCACAAAGCUUUACGUUCCCCAGACGUUUGCCACGGCGUGUUAGGACAAUGUUAGUUUGCUUCUAUGGCAGCUACUGCGAAAGGCAUCUGGUUGAGCAGAACCGGUUUUACUCUGAAAAGCAAAACAACUGAGCGAAAAUGUGAAAUGGCUACAGUUCAUGUCCUGUGAAUUUUGUAUAAAGUUACUCUACCACAGUUUUCUCUGGAAGUUUGUUGUAAAACUGUGCCGUGUAAAACAUGUAACUGUGAAUGUCUGUACUACAUUGGAAGUUAUUGUCUAAAUGUUGAAAAAAUGGAGUUGCUGUUUUCUGCAAUAAUAUUUUGAUCACACAUGCUAAAGCACAUAUCUAACAGAAAUAUACUAAAUGAUGAUGACAAUGACGAUAUUGAAGAUUAUAUUAAAAAUAGAAACAAUGUCUAGUAAAACAAUAUUGUUUUGUAUAUUUUUAACUGUUUCACUGCCUAAUGUAAAACAUAAUAUAAACAUGAUAUGUAUCUAAAUAGUGUCACAUGAUAAAGCACGAUUGUUAUGUUAUACAAAGAGAAAGACUGAAAAAAUAAAGAGUUAUAGAAAUUAUAAAUACAAUACAUGCCUGGCAUGU